CAGGGAGGAAAUCCCUUCUCCACCUACCUUAGUAGUAACAAAAGACAGGUUAACAAGAGAAAAGCAAACUGAUCUAUUUAACCAACGGUUUAAGUGACAGGGGAGCCCUCAUAGGACAUGAAGACCCCAAGUAGAGAAGCCCAAGCAUUUCUCUAAGUUGAGCGAAGAGGCGAUCGUGGGACAGUAAAGGAAGGUGAUGUACUUCCUGAGGUCGGUCUGCUCAGAAUGUGGCCUGAGCUCUCCACCCCUCCUGGUGCAGGGAGGUGACUUUCACGUGGAGCUUUAGCUCCAGCUUUCCAGAGAAAACGGGAGGUCAGCACACCUGCUGUUGCUCAGUGCCUUUGGCUCAAAGCGAUCCCUGUGCCAAAGUGGCAUAUUUGGAACAUCGUGUUCUGCCACCCCUCAGAGUGAGUGACCACCCCGUCGGGGAGGUAUUACAGGUCCCAGGGCCUGCCAUCCAACCGGCGGCACCGCCCGCCUCCUGGGUCCUGUGGUCACAGGUGAGGACACUGCAGGUGGCUGGACACUGCGGGGGGUGGGGGUGGUGCUGAGCCCUGCCUCUCCCAGCUGCUGUCAGGCAGGCCCACGAGGAACCACCUGCGGGGACGAAGCAGUGUCGACACUUCAUGGGACUGGCAUUAUUUGUCUUCUCCUGAGAUCGGGAGAGUUAUCAGAGGUGCACUCCCCCAUUCUUGGUACUGAGCCCCUAUUCGCAGACGAACAGCAGGGGUGGACUCCAGCCCCGGGAGGCCCACAGUGUUCUCUGCUCCCAUGACUGCGGGGCAGGCCCAGGGCUGGGGCUGCCAUGCUGCCCCCAAGGAGGCCUCCCCAGGACCAGCUUACUGCCACUCCCAAGCACAGGCCACCCCUGCAGUGGGCAUGGGCAGCACUUUGCCGAGGCCUGGGCCCCCUGAGCUAAGCACUCAGCCCUGCUUUCACCAGCCAAGCUCCACUAAGACAAGCCGGCCACUGCCAGACACCUCGCCCAGAGCCAAACAGGCACCCAGGACCAAAAUAACCAUCAGAUGACCAGAGGGCUGGCUGGCCACCUCCCUCCCAAAGGCAAGCUGCUCAUAGCAGCUGCAGUUAAAAAUAGGGGAGGAGGGCAUAUCCGUGUCUUUGGGAGAAUCACAAGGGGAGAGCACUGUCCUGCCUUUGCCACCACAGACAGGCAUGAUGAAGUCACUACGCUUUGCUUCUGCUGAGGCCCUGGUGUCCCACCCCCAGGUGGCCCUGCAGAGCCUGGAUAGUGUGGCACACAACCUCUACCCACUUCUGUUCAAAGCCAGCUACUUGCUGGAGCGGGCAGAAGUAAUCCGAGUUCUGCUGGAGCGCUGGCCGCUGGAGGAGUUCCGGCUAGGUGUCCUGCUGGGGCCAAGUGCAGACCACCCAGAAGACCUGCGGGACCGGGCCUGCAGGGCCUGCCUGGAGGCCUGCGUGAGGGGCCUGGCGGACCAUGUGCUCCAGGGCAGGGGCCGGCAGCGGCUGCAGUUGGCUGACCUCAUGGGAGUCCGAGAUGUGCAGGUGCAACAGUGCCCCUGUGGGAGGGCGCUGGGCAGGUGGGGCCGAACAGAGCUGCUGGCCAGGACCUGCUGUGAGCUGCAGGCAGGUCCCCAUGCAGCCCGGCAUUCUGUAAAGGUCCUGGCAGAUCUCUUCGUCACUGAGGGAAACUUCCAGGCUGUGGUGCAGGCCCUGGCGCCGGCCGGCCCUGCCCCACUGCGAGUGCACUGCCUGUCCUUCCGGGCAGACAGCCUAGACCCCAGUCAGCUCCUGCAGGUGCUGUGUCUGGCCAGGCCAGGCGAGCUGCGCAGGCUGCAGGUGGUGCACAACGUGCGGCUGCACGCCGGCCACGUGCAGCAGCUGCUGGCCCAGGUGCACUUCCCCCAGCUGGCCUCGCUCACCUUGCCUGCCAAGGCCUUCGACAGGCCCCCUGACUGUACCCCAACCGCAGAGGAUGAGGACCCCCUCUUCACCUCCAUCGCCUGGGAGCUCAGCCAGAUGACCCAGCUCACCGAGCUGAGUGUGGCUUUCUCCACACUGACGGGCAAGAUCCAGAAACUGCUUGGCCCCCUGAGCACCCCGCUGAGGGCACUGGACCUGGCCAACUGUUCCCUGAACCACGCGGACAUGGCCUUCUUGGCAGACUGCACCCACGCCACCCACCUGGAGGUGCUGGACCUCAGCGGGCACAGCCUGGUCCACCUUUUCCCUUCGAGCUUCUUCAGGCUGCUGGGCAGGGCCGCCCAGACCCUGAGGGUCCUCACCCUGGAGGAGUGCAGCCUCGACGACCGCCACCUGAGCACGCUGAUCCUGGCCCUGAGCCCCUGCCACCAGCUCCAGGAGCUCCGCUUCCUGGGGAACCCGCUGUCCGCCUCUGCCCUGCGGCGCCUCUUCCUGGCUCUCUGUGAGCUCCCCAAGCUGCGGUGGGUGGAGUUCCCAGUGCCCAAGGACUGCUUCCCUGAGGGUGCCGCCUACCCCCAGGACGAGCUGGCCAUGUCCAGGUUCGAGCAGAAAUACAACACAAUCGCCGAGGACCUGCGUGGGGUGCUGCUGCGGGCCGGCCGGGAUGACAUCCAGGUCUCCACGCCAGUCUUUGGCAGUUUUGACCCAGAUAUUCAAGAAACAAGCAACGAACUUGGAGCUUUCUUGCUGCAAGCUUUCAAAACUGCCCUAGAAAACUUUUCCAGGGCACUGAAACAAAUGGAGUAGUCCCCUCGACAGGCCCCAGCGGGUCUGGCAUUUCAGCAGGCAGGUUGCAUUCCGGCCCCAGGCCGACAGCUUGAGCCGAGCCUUGGCGCCCUCACCGCCGUCACCCAAAGCAUUUCUUAGUCAGAGUUGUUCUUGGUAUCUGUUAGGCGCUACAGGAGAGGAAUCCCUGCCUCUCAGUAGAUGUGACAUGAGGGUCACUUUAGCGUCAAAGCACAGCGGGUGUGUUGGAGUGGAAAAGGCCCUGGGGUCGCAGAAGCCACCAUCACAGUGGUGGGCAUGAAGGCACCAGGGAACAGAGAGUGGCUGUCCUGGUCGUGGUGCGUCCCGGGCUGCGUGUAAGGUGCAGGCUGGCAGUGGCAGCAAAGAGGAGGUGCGGGAGCAGGACAUCAGGCUGGCAUGAGGGGGAAGAAACUAGAGGAAACGCCACAGAACAGAUGUCAGAAAACAACCAACUGGGAAAAGGGUGAAAGUGAAGAGCAUGGGAGCCAGACGCUGCCCCACCCCCUUGGUUGUGUGCGGUGCUGAAGCUUCCAAGGUGAUGUCUGUCUGGGUACGUACAGAGGCCAGCCUAGCAUGGACCUGGGGCUUCGGGGAUUAAUGGCUUCCAUCCACUUUCGAGGGGUUGCAGUGCUCGGGCUCUGCUGCUGCUGGCAAGCCUGAGAGCACAAGGUUGAGGAACCAAAGGGCCUUCUCCACCCACCGCAGCUCUGGGAGGGCACCUGUCACUGCACGGAAACCACAGGGCCUGCAACGACCCCACCCCUGCUGCCCAGGUUCUGCCUCCUUAGACUCGGGUGGAGGUCCCGGGGCAGGGCUCUCUGCGGGGGUCCGGGGAAGCGGCUCUGCCUGGUUGUCUCAGUCCUGGUGCACGAGAGGACACAGGUGGACUUGGUUUCCACCGAGCUCUGAUUGGUGCAAAGGUGAUUAGGAUGAGUAAAUACAAAUAAAACAUUCGUGUGUCUUA